AAUGCAUUAUUAUUGAACAUUUUCAGAAAUAUCUGUAAUUGAAGGUUUCAACUUUGAGGAUAAACCUCUCUCUGCUGCUCCCAGUGAGGGUUUAUCGUUUAACGGUUAUUCCCUUCUGCAUCCUCAAUCCUGCGAUUGUUUUGAACUGGUUUGUGCUAUUUUAAAAGUGAAACAGACUGAGUGUGAACUGUUGACCUGGCAUGGCAAGCUUGUUGACAACAUCGGUCAUCAGCUAUUGUCCUGUGAACAAUGGUUCCAGGGGAUUUGGAAAGUCGGGGAAUUUUUCUAAAGGAAGUCAUUGGAUAAAAGCGGUGAAGAUAGAGAAAUCCUUGGAGGAAUUGUACAAUGUGAAAGUGGAAAGAAAAGUGUCUCCUGAGAGACUAACUGAGCUUGGAGUAUCAAAAUGGUCAGUGUGGAAGAGUGGGAAAAGCAAGCUUCCCUGGGACUGGCAGGUAGACCAACUGGUGUACAUUGAAGAAGGGGAAGUGAGAGUUGCGCCUCAAGGAAGCAAGCGUUUCAUGCAAUUUUUGGCUGGAGACUUGGUCCGGUACCCAAAGUGGUUUGAAGCUGACCUCUGGUUCAAUGGCCCAUAUCAAGAACGUUAUAGUUUUAGAGCAUAUGGUGAUGAUUAAAGUAACAUCCACGUCUUAUCUGGAUGUUUCAAGUAAUUGACGUGUUAUGUAGUUUUAGUUGUCCAGUUCUAAUUGCAAUGUCAAUAUAUUUGACUGAUUGCGAUACUUCACUCUCUUCUAAAAGAUUUGGUACUAAUUGCUUAUGUUGUAUCCUUUUUCAUGUUUUUGCCUUUGCAAGGAAAGACUUCCCGAUGAGUUUAUCCAGACCAACUUGAUAUUCCAUCACUAUACUAAGCUCGCAGAUGAUUUUUGUUUUUCAAAACCUAUCAACAUAAAUAUAUAUUUUAAGGUAAUGCAAACGUGUACAAGUAAGAAAGAUAUCUCUUUAUAAAAAUAAGAGCACACAUUAACUUGGAGCCGUGUAUGUUCAACUCUAUACUCGGAAAAUCACUCACCGGAUGGGAUAGGUGUAUGGAAACAUUGUGCUUAGUGGAGGGUCUACUAUGUUUCCCGGAAUUGCUGAUCGUAUGAGCAAGGAAAUCAGUGCUCUAGCACCAAGCAGCA